CUUUAGGAACAAACCCUAAGAGACCUCGCGCGCCGCCCUCAUUUUCGGCGGCGCCAACACACACAUCCGCGGUGCGAUGCGCCGCCCUCUACAUCUCUUCUUGGCAGCGCACCACCGCGACAUCACCGUUGCGCCGCCCUCUGCAUCUCUCCUUGGCAGCAGUUUUGGUUCUGGCAGUUCGCUGGCGUAAUAAACGGAACGGGUUUCAUUUGUCAGGAUUAGCUUGUUUUGUUCGUUUCGUUGAAUCAUGGAGGCCUUGGCGUCGAGUAUCAGAAUUAUACUUUCUUCUCCUCCCGGUUUCAUGGAGUCGUCACCCAAAUGCUUGGUCCUUAGAUCGGCUUCUCGAGAUGCUAGCUCUAGUUGUUUGGGCCUGAAACAAAGACAAACUCUAAAAAAGACUUCAUCUUUUAAUGGAGUGUUGCAGAAGGCCGAUAGGAAAAAUUUGGGCUUCGAGUGCCGAUGUGAUGCUUCCGAGACUGAAAAUUACGUGGAAAUGAAGAAAACAUCAGGAAGCUCAGCAAGAAGGAAAAGGUUGGCAGUUUUUGUCUCUGGUGGAGGUUCAAACUUCAGAUCUAUUCAUGAAGCAAUCAAGGGAAAGUUGGUGCAUGGAGAUAUUUCAGUUUUGGUUACGGAUAAGCCAGGUUGUGGUGGUGCUGAAUAUGCAAGAGACAAUCAAAUUCCAGUUGUUGUAUACCCUCAUUUGAAGUCCUCAUCUGAUGGUGUAUCAACUUCUGACCUUAUUGCAAUUUUAAGGAAAUGUGAGGUCGACUUUAUUCUUCUUGCUGGUUUCUUGAAGCUGAUACCUGUUGAAUUAGUUCGGGAAUAUCCAAAGUCCAUAGUGAACAUCCAUCCAUCUCUCCUCCCUGCUUUUGGUGGUAAAGGAUUUUAUGGCUUGAAGGUGCACAAAGCUGUUAUAGAAUCUGGAGCAAGGUACUCAGGCCCAACAAUUCACUUCGUUGAUGAAAACUACGACACUGGUCGUACCCUGGCUCAGAGAGUAGUACCCGUUCUAGCAGAUGACUCUGUUGAAGACCUAGCUGCUAGAGUCCUUGAGCAGGAACAUAAACUCUAUGUGGAGGUGGUUUCUGCUCUAUGUGAUGAUAGAAUUGUUUGGAGGGAAGAUGGAGUCCCUCUUAUACGCAGCAAGGAGAAUCCAGAGAAGCUUUAUUAGUCAGGAAGUGGAAGAGGAUGCCUUUCAGCAAAUCGCAUUCCGGAUAAUCUAAUUCAAUAAUAUGAAUUUUUUAUCUAACUUACCAAUUGCAACUCUUUUUAUUUGCAGCUGCAAGUUUGCUUUGGUUAAUUUGGUUGCUCAGGUAACUGAGUUCCUAACAUAAUAAGAUUUCACACUUGAAUCCAAGUAUUGCUUUGUUUACUA